AUGGGUCGACUGACCUUCAUGGUGCUGAGGACUGACCUAAAUCCCGACAGCCCAUUUGUGUACAGGCUUGUACCCCGGUGUCAACACCGAAUUCUCAAAUUCCAUAUGGUUUUUAGUCCAGUGACAAGACAUUUUGACAACACAGCCAAAAGCUUCCUAAGUGAUACAUCAAAUUCAUCGUAUCUGCAGCUCAACUUAGUAUCUCCUCCUCCAAACAGCCUCCCCUCCUAUAACUCUAGCUUUAUUAAUAUCACCAUAGUUGACUCAUUAACCCAUGUCAGCACCCUGGGCAUCAUCCUUGACUCCUCCCUGAGCCCAGCUCAGGCAGCGCUGGGAGCCCAGCUGUUGCGGCUCCCGAGGAGCUGGGCCAUGCAGGCCAACAGCCCGGAUCACGCACGUGGGACCAAGGUGCUUUGGGCUGCCAUGGCCAAGCUGUGCCCCGGCACCAUGGUGGCCGUCCCCACCGACACACCGUAUAGCCUGACCUGCUUGGACCUGGGUGCCGUGUACCACCUCCAGGGCCACAGCCAGGCCAAGCUGCCAGCCCUCUGCCUGAGCCACAUGGCUGACAUCUUCAGGGACUGCCAUGUGAGAGUAUCCAAGGGGCUCCUGAAAGACUUACUACCAGGACCAGUGACCCUGGUGUUGGAAUGCUCCCAGGAGCUCAGUAAGGACCUGAACCACUUUACUCCUCUUACAGGCAUCUGGAUUCCUGACCAUUCCUUCAUGCAGGAUUCGGCUCAGGUGUUUGGGACACUAUUUUCUCUCACCAGUGCCAACCUCAGCUCUCAGGCCAGUUCUCAGAAUGUCUUUGAAUUCCAGUACCUCUGGCCUCAAUUGUCCCAGGUCAUUGAUGGGGGACCAACUGAGGAUGGCCACAGCCCUGAGUAUCGCCUGGGCUCAACUAUGGUUGACUUGUCUGUGUCUGGAAAGUUUGGCAUCAUUCAUCCUCCAACAGAAGUAGGGGCUCCUGCCCUCACAGGGAUCCUGCUUGUGAAUCCAGUAGAAGGGAGGACCCAAGGACUGAUGCUGGCCACUUUGUGUCUGUCCACUGGUGACCAGCAAGGGUUCAUUUAG